UUGGGAUAUCAGACACGCCCUGCCCUCGCGGCCUUGCCUAAAGACUAAAGUUGCCUCCCCGUUAUCGCUUUACAAGCAAAAAGAAGAAAGCUUUGAAAGAUCCAGUUCCAGAAAUAUCUUCUAUUUUUAAGCGUCAAGGGAGAGACAUGAGUUGGUGUUCCCUUUCUACUACUACUUCAAGCUCUAUGAUUCUUGACACUUCCAAUGCGCCAUUGAAGCAAUUAAAGAGCUGGGGCAAAAUUUCUUAUAUCGGCUUGAAGAAGCGCGACAGAAGAAGUCAUAAUCGCUACCCUGCAGGGAAAGUUUGUGCCUAUUACGGCCUCAAAGCACCUCCGUUUGAACUUGAUGCAUUAGAGCCAUACAUGAGCCGAAGGACACUAGAGAUACACUGGGGUGGGCACCAUCGUAGUUAUGUGGAUGCCCUUAACAAACAGCUUGAGAAGAAUGAUUUACUGUAUGGAUUCACCAUGGAAGAACUUAUUAGAGUGACCUAUAACAAUGGUAAUCCAUUACCUGAAUUCAACAAUGCUGCUCAGGUAUGGAAUCAUGAUUUCUUUUGGGAAUCCAUGCAACCUGGAGGAGGGGACAUGCCUACAUUGAGCCUACUAAAGCAGAUUGAAAAGGAUUUUGGCUCAUUCACAAAUUUCAGAGAGAAGUUCGUAGAAGUAGCCCUCACAUCAUUUGGCUCUGGUUGGGUUUGGCUUGUUUUGAAGAGUGAGGAGAAACGUCUUGCUGUUGUUAGAACAUCAAAUGCUGUCAACCCUCUUUUGUGGAAUGACAUUCCUCUCAUCUGUUUGGAUAUGUGGGAACACGCUUAUUAUAUUGAUUACCAGAAUGAUAAAGCCAAGUAUGUUAACAUGUUCAUGAAUCACCUUGUUUCUUGGCAAUCUGCAUUGGUACGCAUGGCUCGCGCACAGGCAUUUGUGAACUUAGGAGAACCCAAAAUUCCUGUUGCAUGACACUCCUCCAACUUUAUCGGGAAGUAAAUGUCAUUAAGCAGAAACAGAAGCAGGUGAAUGGAUUAAAUUCAGCAGAGAAGGACCUAAGCGAAAUAGCAGAAGAUUGGCAACCAAAGAGAAUGGGCGCCAAAAUGGCGUUUUUGGAUCAAAGAAUAAAACCAGCUUUGUCUGCUUGCAUAGGACUGACAGGGAUUUGAUAUUUGAAGUUGUAGGCAGUGUUUGGAUUAUCAUGCUGAGUUUUAAUGAAAGUUAUUCCUUUUCUCCCUCC